GCCAGGCCACGGCCGGGCCUCGGAGGUGCCCGUUUCGUCUUUGGGGGGGGGGGGGUUUCCCUUUCCCUUACGAAGGUGGUUUCUGCCUCUCGGCGAUGAAUAACGGGAAGCGGUGGGCGCCGCGAGUCGGACUGGUGUAAGAUAUUGCGAUAUUGAACUGCAGCCUUUGUGGAAAAAAUGUCCUACUGUACCAAAGAGAGAGCUUGUUCAGAUUUGGCAAAGCCUCCAGUAAAUGAACCGAGGGAACCGGAACAAUUUCUAAUGCAGGCGCCCCAGGGAAAUCCACUGCUGCUUUCCCACACCUUACAAGAGCUAUUGAGCAAGGAUAGUGUGCAGGUGGAGCUUAUACCUGAGAAGAAGGGCCUUUUUCUGAAACAUGUGGAAUACGAGGUUUCCAGCAAGAGAUUCAAAUGCUCAGUCUACAGGCGAUACAAUGAUUUUGUGGUGUUCCAUGAGAUGCUGCUUCAGAAGUUCCCAUAUCGUAUGGUGCCAGCACUUCCACCAAAGAGGAUGCUGGGAGCUGAUCGAGAAUUCAUAGAAUCUAGGAGGAGAGCACUGAAGCGUUUUAUAAACCUGGUGGCUCGACAUCCCCCUUUCUCAGAAGAUGUGCUCUUGAAACUCUUUCUGUCGUUCAGUGGUUCAGAUGUACAGAAUAAGCUAAGAGAGUUGGUCCAGGGAGUAGGAGAUGAAUUUAUGACCUGCAGAUUAGCUACCCAGGCCAAGGACUUCCUUCCAGCUGACAUACAGGCCCAGUUUGCUGCCAGCAGGGAGCUCAUCAGAAAUAUUUAUAAUAGCUUUUAUAAGCUUCGGGACCGUGCAGAAAGGAUAGCUUCUCGAGCCAUUGAUAAUGCCUCAGACCUUCUCAUAUUUGGAAAGGAGCUAAGUGCUUUGGGCUCAGACACUACACCGCUUCCUUCUUGGGCUGCUUUGAAUAAUAGUACAUGGGGGACUCUGAAACAAGCCUUGAAGGGUCUGUCUGUUGAAUUUGCACUACUGGCAGAUAAGGCUGUGCAGCAGGGUAAACAGGAAGAGAAUGAUGUGGUGGAGAAGUUGAACCUUUUCCUGGAUUUGCUCCAGUCCUAUAAAGACCUGUGUGAAAGACAUGAGAAGGGGGUGUUGCACAAGCACCAGCGAGCAUUGCAUAAGUACAGCAUGAUGAAGAAGCAGAUGAUGAGUGCCACUGUGCAGAACAAAGAACCAGAAUCAGUGGAGCAAUUGGAGUCUCGGAUUGUGGAGCAAGAAAAUGCUAUCCUCACCAUGGAGCUGCGGAAUUACUUCUCUCUGUAUUGCCUGCAUCAGGAGACUCAGCUCAUCCACAUCUAUCUGCCUCUCACGUCUCACAUUUUGGGGGCCUUUGUCAACUCCCAGAUCCAGGGUCACAAAGAGAUGAGUAAAGUUUGGAAUGAAUUGAAGCCGAAGUUGAGCUGCCUCUUUGUGGGAUCUAGCAAUAUGCCAACUCCACCAUUGUCACCUCCAGAGGGAAACUUCUUCUCCAAUUAAUGCUCUGAGCAUCUAGCGUGGAGCAAGAAGUGCAAUCAAGGAAGGGGUGGGAUCUCUACCUCCAGAUGUUAGAAAGAAUCCUCCAAACAGCUAUUUGUUUUUUUUUUUUUUUUUUUUUUUUUUUUUUUAAUACCGCUGCUUUGAGCUGCUCUCUGAUUUAGACAGACUGGAUGUGGGGCAGAACUUACGGAUAUAAAUUUUGAAAUGCUCUGGGGCAGAGCUGAUGUUCGUUGUCCUGCAGACACUCCCCACGGGGUCAGGGUGUGACCUAGGGCAGUGCCGGCUGCCUUGUUGCUGAUGCCUUUGCAUCUUGUACUAACAGUCCUCUGAUAAUGUUUGUCUGCACACAUGCCCACACAUCUCUGAAGUGCUGAGAUGAGCAGGGUAUGUGGAGCACUUGCUUGUAGUAGAGGUGGAUUGCCUUUUAGGCUUGGGAGGGCCUGUGUUAGGGGCAUAUGUGCAUAAGGAAGGCUGAAGGCUGUCCCCCAUCCCAUUGGUAGGUGUCUGGAUUUGAUUUCUUACUGCUAGACUUUAGCACAAAUUACAUUAAUGAAGUGGCUGGAUUCACUAACCCGGCUGGGUAGGGGUUAGUGCUGCUGUGUGAUGGUUAUUUUCCCAGGGAGGCCGGGCAGACUGUAUUGUGUGUUUCUGUUCACGGUUGCAGGGCAGCCUAGGGACUUGCUCAUAUUUUUCAGUUUGGGGCCAAAGACAACUGGGUUCAUGAACUCAGAGGAGCUUGCCUGGUGUAAAUGAGAAAAUAAUUGAAUAAAUUGUAAACCGCUCACACUAUAUGAGAAGAGCAGCUGCAAGGUAGCUUGUUUAUUUUCUUCUGGAGGUUCUGACAUCCAUCUGUUGAGUAGCUGUGUAGGACUGUUGGAGAGCUGCUGACCCGAAGGCUGGUGUUUUCUUUGGUCUAAUAUCAGAUGAAGUAUCCUGUUACAGCAGCAGGCUGGGACACAAUGCUGCUAAAGUUCAUUAGCAAAAAAUCAGCAUUUAUCAGGAUGUUACUGUCAUUCUUUUUUUCUGGCUGUGGGUAGCACUGGAGUGUGUGUGUGAAGAAGACAAUUAAAUGACAGUUCUCUAUCUUUCUAAAAACAGCAGGGUCCUUGGUAAUGAGGUUUUCAGAAUGAUUUGUGAUUGUGAUAAAGGGACUAAACAUUCUCCAUACUUCACUCUUUGUAUCUCCGAUGACUCUCCCUCAGGAGGCAAAGGAUAGGGAGGGGACAACUUGCAUGUCAUGUUACCUUAGGGGAAAUUGUGCAUAUCCUCCAGAGAAACUGAUAAUUGAAGAAACUGCAAACGUAUGCAGCAAAACUCCACAUGAACAGACUCCCCUGAACCUAACUUCUCUGGGGCCAAAAUAGCUGCCAAAGGGGAAUUUGAGACUUGGCUUCUUAGAGAGAGAAAAUAUCUCUGAGUGGGUGAAAAGGAAGCACAUUAGUAAGGAUGAGCGCUUGCCGUCAAAGUGGAACCAUUACAGUAUUUUCCCACUGGGGAACUUCCCCAUUAGCAGGAAAUAUAUUUAAAUCCUCCAAUCACAAAAGCUUUUUUUUUUUUUUUUUUUUUUAAAUUUAAUUUAGAAAAUUCAGUGCAAAUGAAGCUCUUCCUACUCCAGGUAGAAAUUAUGGGUUAGUUUCUUCAGCUAGGAGCAAGAUAAUAAGUUACUUGCCCAGUUUCCCAAGACUGACAUAACCAUUACACACACUCCUCAAAAUGCAGUUAUGUGGGUGAAUUACUUGGGUGCUGGGCCUUAAGGAGUGCGUAGGGUGUCUUGUUUAACAACCGUGCUUAAAAGGCAUUAUUAAGAGCUUUCUAUAGCAAUUCAGAUGUUAACUCUUCUGAAUCUUUCCUCCUACCUAUUGGCCUUGUCCAGUGAGACAGAUUAACUGCAAAUGGCUGUGACAGAUUUGAUUCUCUCUCCUGAAGAUUUCCAGAGUGAUGCAGAAGAGAUUCUGCUCACAAGCCAGGAGCAAACUGGCUGGGAAAAGGAAAUGUUUCUACAGUGCAGUAACAAAGAAGAUAUUAUCUCAAGAAUGACACAAAAGGUUUUUCUGCUUGACCUUGCCUUGAUUAGGAGGAUGGUUUGUGGUCAAAGUGUGAAAAGUGUGUUACCAUAUUUUAAAUGCUCAUCGCUCCUAGCAUCUUUAGAAGGUGCUGGCUGCUUAUGGCCUGUCAUAUGCUUCAUCGUAGUACCCAUCCUUCCUCAUUUAGCCUUGUUUGCCUGAUGUGACCAGUCAAAUUGAGAAAAUACUGUGUUUUGGGGCAAGAUCUGUCUGGGGUAGAUGACUGGGCUGCGUUCUGUAGGAGAACUUGCAAAGUAUUAGCCAGAAUAGAACUUUGUACUUCUUGCAUUUAGAAAAAAGUUACAAUUGCUGACUUCACUGACCCCAAAAAACAAACAUCAAAACCAUAUUUGGGCUUUAGACUAACUCUUCUUUCCUCUUCUUCAAAGCCAGAAUUCUACAGUCAAAACGCAGAGACAUGAAUGAUAAACACAGACCACAUGACCUAUAAAGAAAUUGGAAUUAUGUUGUUCUGAGAGAACACCUGUUCCUCCAUUGUCAGCCCUUGCCUCUUUGAGGAGAGCGGUUUUGGGGUUGGUGUUUUCUUGUUUUAAUUUUACUCUCUUCACCUAGCAUUUUGAGAACAGAGUCCUAGUAAUCUCAAAGCUGAAAGAGCUAAUAGCACUUUCAGAGUUCAUUUCAUACUGGACUGCCAAGCUUCUGUCUCAUUCCUAAAUACAUGCACGCACUAUUUCAUCCAACCCUUAGUUUUCAAACCUUAUUUUUGGGAGACUGGUCAGUGUGCAAAAAGCACUAUAACAUUUACCUCAGUGUGUGUCGGGAUUUCUUUACUAUAUUUGUUCUGUUUAGGGAUCUGUCAGACUUGGAGAGCAGCAUCAAGUACAGCUUCCUUUAGAGGAAUGCAGCAGGGAAUUGAGCAGGCUGACUUCGGUUGUCUGUCUCCCCUGGCCAGUGUAGGGGAAAUGGUUCUAGUUACCUCCAUGCUACUGCCUUCUGCAGCAAACAGUCUAGCUGUACGCCAGGGUAAGAACAAAAUGAAGUUGGUUCUGUUGCUGAUAGCUGGGUAGAUUGCAAUAAACACUAAGAAAAACAGAAGACUAAUUGAAGAGUGCAUGCUGCCUACGCAAGAGCUGAUGCUCCUGUAAGAUGUAGCGCCAAAGAGUUAACGUGCCUUUGUCAAUGGAAGCUUUCUGUGUAUUGCUUGAGGUCCUGGGGACUUCCCUGUGUUCAAAAUAUUAAUGGUAGAAAAGGCCUCUGAUAUUUCUGUCAGUGUCUCUGUCAAAUCUGUCCUGGAGGUACCAGUGUAGUAAACAGCUGAGAACCUGAAACUUUGCCUGAAAAUUUUUAUCAAAAGGGCUAUGUUUUUGUCACUCCUGAGCUCUCCUUUGCUUUGAACUGUGAAGUGGCAAUAUACAGGCUUUUUGACCAGUAUCAUGUGUUGAAAGGCUUUCCAAACUGUAUUUACAAUACAACCUUGAUCUUUGAUCCUUCUUUUCCUCUCCUUCCAUCUUACUUGCAAGUUGCUCCUCCUAAGUUGUAAUGUGCUUUCAACAGUGCCUUGCUGCAUUCCAGUGCUUUUUACUUUUCUACUUUGAUCAUGCAAGGGUGUAAUUCCUGGAAUUUAUAACAGGCUAAUUUACAAUCUUCUGUUUGUGCUGUUUCCUAAAAGACAAAGAUCACCAGCUGGGGACAGAACUUAUUUAAAACAUGUCAGUCUCCACAACUGCAGCAGGAGCAAUAACGUCACUACUCUGACAUGAGCUAAAAUUCAGUGCUGGUGAAAGCAUCUUCAUAAAAGGAUUGAACUGACUGCAGAAGAAGGGAUAGCAAUAGAAGUGCAAGCCAGAGCUGCACUUGGUCUUUUCCUAUCUAAACUCCUGGAGGAACAGAAAGUAAUUUGCUCUCUCACCAUACAAUUUACAGUUUCUACCAGGAAAUAAAUCAAGAUAACAUAACAGGUAUCGGCUGCCUGUCACUCCCUUUCCUACUGUGCAGUAAGGUCUUACAGCCUGUUACAACCUACCUGUCCCCUUGUGCUUAUUUUCUCUCCUCUACUUGCCUCAAGCCAUUCUCUCUGUUAGAACAGCCAGAAACCCCUGCUGCUGUGUCAGAAGCAGAGGUGAGUAUCAUAAACUCCGUAAAUAACUCAGUGUGUAGCACAAAAGAAAAAGUAAGAUUCUAAGGUGUUAACUCUUAUUCUUGAAGUCUGAGCUGUGGCUUACUGAGCAUAUGAAGAAGGGCAUUUUUGAGUGGUAUAAAUUAUUCAGAACUGCUGGAGGGAGACAAGAAGAAACAAUCUUGUUCAGAGGGUGUGAAUUUUACCUGCCUGGAAUAUCCUGUAUCUUUGCUUUGCUCAAAUAGCCUUAUAUAUGAAGCACUUUAUCCAAAUGCAGGAAUUAAAGAACUAUUACUACAGCUGGUAGACUGGAAAUGUUUACAGAUCCUAUAUUACAUUCCAAGAUUCUAUCUGUGUUAUAUGUGUUUGUAAAAGUGUUUAAAAAAAUAAAUCAAAACUUGUGUAAGAAGUUACAUGUGUGAUGUGUUAUUUCUAACUGUUUAAUUAAGCUUUUGCUGCCCAGCA